AUGUGCGACUGCAACCUGAGUUUCUCAUCAACAUCCUCCGUAGAUGCAGGCUCGUACAAGUUCCUAGAACUUCCUCCCGAAUUGGCGACGUUAAUUGAAUCGUCGAUUAGCAGCCUAUCCACAUCAAGUUCAUCCCAACAUGACGGCAAUUACGCUGGAUUAAAGAUUAAAGGCGUACACGGAGAGGAUGCCGUGUUAUGUACUGCAGACAAGACGUAUUCGAUGCGUUCUGUUGUCCUGUCGAAUUCGGUUCUCGUGGUGACACAGCCGCCUGCGCCUACACGUUCUGGAUCCCCUUCGGCUACAGAUGGCAUACACGGCGAAGCAACUGUGGAUCCUUCCGACACGGUGGUGAUACGCGAUACGUUGAACGAAAUCAUCGAGCUCGCGCCUACCGUUCCGAAGCUGUACAAACUCAACGCACUGCUCAGAGGAAAAGAGUACACCGAUUCUAGUGUCGAUGAAGAUGUCGUUAGCACCCGAGAGACAGCUGACGGCCAUGGUGAGAAAGACUGGUUCUCCUACAAGGACGCUCUCUCGCAAAUACAAGCGAGCGAUGGCGAAUUAGAGAAGGGGCUCAAGGAUAGACGCAUCCUAAUCGUAAACGGAUAUCUCCGUCCAAUAACGCCAUCCUUUCUGACCCACAUCCUGGAGCUUGCGCUGAACCUAAUGGUUUCGCUCUCCCUUACUCCCUCACGCGCGCCGGUGCAUGAAAUAGCCUCGACGUUAGCGGACGAAGACGAGAUUCCGCUGAGCGUCACGCACCAGAUCAUGGCGUGGUUCGGCGAGGUGAACCUACGCGAGGAUAAAUGGGCGGCAGACGUUAAGCUCAUUGUGAGGGAGAUCGGCCUAGGGCUCCUCCGCGAACACGGCCUGGGGAGCGGUAUCGAGAACGACGCCUUUCUCGAGAAAUGGAAGACGGCCGUCAGCGAUAAAUUCGAGGACCUCGUCGAGAUGGAAUUACUGUCGGUACGGAUAUUGAUUUCGUACCCGUUGGGAAACGUCCUACUCUCAGCUUCUACUCUGUCUGCAUACGGAGACGAUACUACGACCACCCUCCAAUACUUCCCGGCUUCUCAACUCCCCGCCGAUCCUCCUGCUCGUUUCGCUGAACUAUUCCUCACGCGGACGAGAUGGCGUACCGACGACAUCACACCCUUCCUCUCCGACAUCGCGGUUAACACGAAGGAUCGGGAUCGUCUCUUACUGAAGUACGCGAGGGCUGUCAACGACAAAGACGGCCUCUGGUACACGGCGAGGGCGCAAUACACUUAA